AUGGCUGAACUGUUUGCCUACAUGGGAUGGAGUCUAUGGUUCAACAGGAAUGCAAAAAGAGUUGGGUCCACUUCCUUGCCAGCGGAAAAAAUUUUCAGUGAUGCUGUGGAACGGCUGCAAGAGUUCCAUUCGGUGAAAGAUUACUCAACACAAGAAGACGUGGUUGUACAUUCAACCCAAUGGCGGCCUCCCCCACAUCCAACCUACAAAAUCAAUUUUGAUGGAGCAACUUUCAUUGAUUCAGACUCGGCAGGUUUGGGUGUGGUAGCUCGUGACUCAGACGGCAUGGUUAUCGCCUCCCUUUCGGAACGAAUCAAACUACCACCAACGGUUGCUGACUUGGAAGCUCUGGCGUGCAGAAGGGCGAUCUUAUUCACCCUCGAAUUAGGACUCCAAGAAGUGGUGUUUGAAGGUGAUUCGGAGGUUAUUAUCAACCACCUCAAAGCAGGACAGCCCUGUUUGACAGCUUUUGGGCACAUAAUAGAGGAAGCACGAAGCCUUUUAGCCAGGUUGAGACAAGCAUCAUACUCACACACAAGGCGCAAGGGAAACAAAGUAGCUGAUAAGCUUGCAAAACUAGCAAAAAACUUGUAUGAACCACAAGUGUGGAUGGAGGACAUUCAUAGUAAUGCUCGCAAUAUGUAUUCCAUGACAGAGGCGUAA